GGCAGGGCUGAGAAUCAGAACACACAUAGAUAAUUCAUACACCAGAGAAAGUUCAACAAUGGCAAAGCUAAUGAUUAUUGUGUUGGGCAUGGUACUUUUGUCCUGCCUCACUGUUUAUGCAUCCCCUGGUGCCUUCACACCAGAUGAAUGUUGCUUUCAUUUUGUCAAUGGUCGUUUGCGUAAAAUAAAUGUGGCUAAUUAUAGACGGACCAGCUCACACUGUAGCAAGCCAGGAAUCAUUUUGACAAUGAUGAAUGACGACGAAUUCUGUGUCCAUCCCAACUUACAGUGGGUUCAAAAUGUGACCGCAUUUGUUGAUCAGAGAAAAUAAAUCCAAGGCAUAAACCACAAAGGCCUAAUCUGUAACUCUGCUUUUCAAAGCUUUAUGUUUUUUUGCUCAACCUGCAAAAAUACCACGUCCAAGCUUCUCAUAUUCAGUUAUUACUCUGUUUGGCUCUGCUAUAUUCAAUGACACAAUGAAUGUUAAACAUAAUUUUGUUAUUAAAUAAAUA